AUGACCUCACAAGAUAACAACGCCUGGUCAAUACUUGCCAUCACAGGAACAUGGUGUUUUCUAGCAGUCAUCAUCGUACUACUAAGGGUCUACACACGGUUAACGACGAUCAGAUAUCUGGGCUGGGAUGAUCUCUUCGCGGUAUUAACAAUGAUCUUCGGUGUGACGAUCUGGGGUUGCUUCAUCGGAGAAUCGCACUCAGCACUUGGAAAGCACUGGCAAGUUAUCACUCCGGAGAUGCUGGUUGCGUACAGCAAAUGGCAAUUUGCGCAUGGAAUGCUCAUGGUGUGGGCGUUGCAUGACAUGAAGAUUGCGUUUGCUAUUUUCUUGCUCAGACUUAGUAAUGGCAAGAUGUUCAGAAGGUCACUUUUUGCGGUCAUGUGCUUCAUGACUAUCUAUACGACAGCCUCUUGGUUCACCAUUCUGUUUAGCUGUUUUCCCAUCUCAUCAUCCUGGAAAGGCAGAAAUGGAAAGUGCAUCUCUGUAGCGAGCUUCCGGGGUCUCGGCAUGACCUAUAGCAUUCUCGGCAUGCUUACGGACGCCUUCCUGGCUUUCAUCCCAGUUCCGAUCAUAUCGAGAAUGCAGCUCAACAUCCGCACCAAGAUUUGCUUAUAUCUUGCUUUCGGCAUGGGGCUUGCGACUGUAACUUGCGGUGCUAUCAAGAGUUACCAUCUCUGGCAUUACUUUGAUGAUCGCGAUCGUCUCUACAACAAUAGCUACUUUGUCUGGGGAGCACUCGAGCUCUAUGUCGGUACCAUCGCUGCCUGUCUAGUCAGCUUGAAGCCUCUUAUCUCAUCCUUCCUUGAGAAGGCCAAGUCA